AUGGCAGCAGCUUCCACCUGCAUGACAAAUUGCAUCGCUGACGGCGACACCAGGUUCGCUGCCCGGGCAGGGCCGAGGUACGUGAGCCUUCGCAAGGGGCCGGAACUGGACAGCCAUCUUUUUCCAGGGGCGCACGGGUGGCGGUCGCACCCCAGAGUGGUGGAUGGUAUAUCUUGCAGGCAGAUGUACCUGAGGAGCUACACCUUCUCCAGGAAAGAGAGCGUGCCCGAGAGGACCAAGAAGUGCUUGGGAAGAGUCAAGCAGAGAGUGUUGCGUGGGAAAUUGGUGGUCCAGAGGGCUAAAGAAGUGUCUUGCUCGGCUUUCUUGGCGAUAUUUCAACGCCUUCUCUCUUGUACGGCCAAAAUCGAUGUUGCUGAUUAUCAUCUCUCCCAGAGAGACUACUGA